GUGCGCAUAACGGCGCGGUGACCCCACCGUAUCCCACCUCGUCCCCUUCCUCAGUCCUCACUGCUCUCGCUUUCGCUCGCCAUCCGCACACCCGCCCCGCCCUCGCGAUGCCUUCGCCCACCACGGCCACGGCCGCGUCGGCGCCCCUCCACCUCCGCUCGUGCGCGCGUCAGCACCUCCCUCCGGCCUCCCGCUGCUUCCUCCCCUCCCGCGUGCUCCUCAAUUCCGCACGCCUCACAGCCCCGGCCCCGCUGCCCGUGCGCGUGCCGAGCCUGCCUCCGACGGCGGCAAGGGCGGCCGGCCCCGACGCUACGAGCACGAGAUCGCCCACAUCCGGCGGACAGAUGCUGGUGUUCGUCCCGCCGCACCCGCUGAUAAAGCAUUGGGUCUCCGUUCUGCGCAAUGAGCAGACACCCUGCGCCAUCUUCAAGAGUGCUAUGUCCGAGCUUGGUCGGCUGCUCAUAUAUGAAGCAUCCAGAGAUUGGUUGCCUACAAUCACAGGAGAGAUUGAAACACCUGUAGCUGUAGCUAGUGUUGAAUUUAUUGAUCCAAGAGAGCCUGUUCUGGUUAUUCCAAUACUGAGAGCUGGUCUUGCACUAGCUGAACAAGCUUCAUCAGUUCUGCCAGCCACCAAGACCUAUCACCUUGGCCUUCGUAGAGAUGAAGAAACACUUGAACCUUCAAUAUAUCUGAACAACCUGCCAGACAAGAUUCCAGAGGGGACUCGUGUGCUAGUUGUUGACCCAAUGCUGGCCACUGGUGGGACGAUUGUUGCUGCUAUUGACUUGUUAAUCGAACGUGGAGUUACCAGCAAGCAGAUUAAAGUUGUAUCUGCUGUUGCAGCACCUCCUGCGCUGCAAAAGCUCAAUAACAAGUUCCCUGGGCUCCAUGUGUACACAGGAAUAAUUGAUCCAGAAGUAAAUGAGAAAGGUUUUAUAGUUCCAGGGUUGGGGGAUGCUGGCGACAGAAGCUUUGCCACAUGAUUAGACUGCCAAUUCCAGUGGUCUGCCAGUGAGAAUCUUUGCUUGAACAGAGCAAUGGCGAGUAAAAGUUCAUUGCUGUAGAUUGCCUUCAUUUGAGAUUUUGUUCCUGCUCAAUGAUACAUUUAGCUGCCUGCCAUUUUGUAACUACCCAUUCUCUAUGAUUGCGUAGAAUAUAAGGCUAGUUCAGAUUGUCUCCAGAUGGCAAAAUCUUUUUAAAGGACAAGGUUCCUAAUAUUUAUCCGGUGGAAAGAAUAAAACUAUCUCAUCGUGUUUUACUUUUGUUAUUAUAAAUCGAGUUUUAUGGUGUGUU